UCGCAACGUCACAGGCAACGGCCGCCAUUUUGACUGAGCAACCCUAGUGACAGGAGCCGAAGCAGCAGCGCAGGUUAUCCCCGUUUCCCCUCCCCCUUCCCUUCUCCGGCUGACUUCCCGGGACCCCUACACUCCACAGUCCCGGUCCCGCCAUGUCCCAGAAACAAGACGAAGAAAACCCUGCGGAGGAGACCGGCGAGGAGAAACAGGACACACAGGAGAAAGAAGGUAUUCUCCCUGAGAGAGCUGAGGAGGCAAAGCUAAAGGCCAAAUAUCCAAGCCUAGGACAAAAGCCUGGAGGCUCCGACUUCCUCAUGAAGAGACUCCAGAAAGGGCAAAAAUACUUUGACUCAGGAGACUACAACAUGGCCAAAGCCAAGAUGAAGAAUAAGCAGCUGCCAAGUACAGGACCAGACAAGAACCUGGUGACUGGUGACCACAUCCCCACCCCACAGGAUCUGCCCCAGAGAAAGUCCUCGCUCGUCACCAGCAAGCUUGCGGGUGGCCAAGUUGAGUGAUGCUGCCCGGGGCUCCGCCAGAUCCUGAGACGCUGCCCCCCUGGGUCCUGUGCUGGCUCCUGCCUCUCCCUGCUUUUGCAGCCAGGGGUCAGGAGGUGGCUCGGGCGCGGGCUGGAGAGGCAGAAGCCCCUGCCCGUUGGUGUCCCAGCGCAUGGAGCCCCUUGGGCUGAGCACCAAGACCUUGAACCUUUUUAUUUUACCUUUUUUCCAAAUAACUGUUGGGAGAAAUCUCAAUGAAAUCCUGGGGGUAGGGUUGAGAGGGUGGGGUGGGAGACUUGGGAGAAUAUGAAUUAGGGCUUGGAGUUGAUAAAAACAUUCCUAACUAUCCUCCUCCUUGACCAUGUGACUGGUGUAGGGUAGGUGUGAAGGGGAGGAAGUGGAGUAGACUAAAGGUAAGGAGUUCUAGUUCAGUUCUGUGGAUAAAUGCCUUUGGAUAUGGCUGGAGACCUGGUGCCAGACAAAAGAAACUCAGUCUACAUACAACAGAUUCAAACAGCUUCUCUGAUUCUGUAGAGCUAGCUGAGAACCUAAUGUUAAUUGUUCAUUUAAAAAAGUGCUGUCCUUGAAAUAGAUUUGAUGUGGGGAGAGGGGAGUGAGUGUGGGGGAAAGGAGCCGUGAGCAUGGGGAGCCCCACAGAGCCCAGGGGACUUUUUCAGUAUUUGAAAUAAAAAACAACAAAAAAAAGACCCACAAAAAAAUCCAACCCAGAAAUACUCUGAAGCAGUUGGUGUGUUUUAUUGGGGUUUGGGAGGGGGAAGAAAACAAUACUGAAGACACUGUUCAGGGAAGGAGCUGGUAUGGGGCCCUGAAUUUCUAAGGCACACAAGGGCCUUUAAUGUGGGAUGCAGCUGGGCUCCCCGAUUCCAUCACUUAGGGAGAGGGAGCAGCAAUGUUGACAUACAGACCAGGGCUUUUCCUAAACUCUGUCUACCCCUUUGUUUCUGUAGCUAAUGUAGACGAUGCAUCAACCUCAGGUUGUGGCUCAGAAAAAUGAGGGAUUGAAGGUAUUUGAUCUAAAUAGUUGACACCUACAGCUUAGUCCAGGCUAAGCAAAAAAGGAAGCCCAUUCUUCCUUUUCCCUUUCAGUCUUCCAUUCCUUCGCAGGUUCCCAUGUCUGCGAAGGAGAAAUGUGAUAACGUGCCAAAAGAAAUUAUUUCUUAGUAUUAAGCUAAAAGAAACAAGCCUUUCUGCUUGUGGCCAGCAGGAGGCAGGGUAACCUCUUUCCUCCUGAUAUCCCAGUCUGCAUUGCUGGAAACCUGCCACAGAAAGGAGUUAAAAGCUGCUUGUGAAUGUAAUGUUCAGAAGAAACAUUACCAAAGGAGAAACAAAUUCAGGCUGCUCUGUACCUCCUCCCGACCCCCACCCUUGCAACAUUCACACGUGGUAGAUUGUAGCAACUUGCCCAUUUUGCCUGACUUUGAUUAGGAGAGUUGAUUAUGGUAUUUUCUGAAACAUGAUUGACUUCUCAAAUGAGUAUGCUUCAGGGAAGAUAAACAAAUCCAGGAAACAUAGAUAUUCCAGAGAAAUCCCCAUUGUACUAAGGGGAAGGAAGUACCUUCUAAACUGGAGAAGGAAUGUUAUGCUCAGUAUCUGACUCAUUCUUUUUCUCUCCUUAACCAGAAACUUUCCAAAUAAAUUUUCAACUACUCUGGA